AAUUGAUAUCGCGCAUGCUCCGAGGUGUUGUUUCCACCUCGUAAACGUCACACGUUCAAGAUUGUAUUGAAAAAAAAUUCUUUUACGUCGUUUUAUUAAGGAGGAGUGUUAUGAUUCGAUCGCCUCACGUGACGCACUUUAUGAAAAAUGGCGUGAAGUUGGCAGGAAGAUGGUUGAUCAGAAUUACGAAAGAGUGGACGGUCCCUCGCGGGGUUACCGCUUCCCAUUCCCUCGCAGAACUACAUUACUUCGCUUUUCUUCGUUCACCAGAGUCAAAGAAACAUAGCAAUACAAUGUACGAUAUCAAGUGGAUCAUACCUAAACUCCGAACUCCAACAAAAUUAUGGAACAUAGCGAGCAGUAUAACCUUCGCCGCUGUUGGGAUAUUUUCCAAAAUUCUUAUAGAUAAAGAAUGGUUAAAUAAAGCAUUGGUGUACAACAAACAUAUCAUUAACCGGGCCUUAGAUGAACGACCAAAAAAUGUUCCACUCAUCACCGUCUCAAAUCAUCACAGUUGUUUCGAUGAUCCUGGCAUAUGGGCCACACUGGACCUGAGACAUUUGCUGAAUCGUCGUAAGAUGAGGUGGUCGCUCGCUGCACAUGACAUUUGUUUCACGAAUGUUUGGCAUUCCUACUUCUUUAUGCUUGGCAAGUGCAUACCUGUCAUACGAGGCAAUGGUGUUUAUCAAGAAGCUAUUGACUUCUGCAUCGAAAGGCUGGCUUCUGGAGAUUGGGUCCACGUGUUUCCUGAAGGAAAAGUCAACAUGUUUAAAGAAAAUAUGAGGUUGAAGUGGGGUAUUGGAAGAUUGAUAUUAGAAUCACCUGUUACACCUCUAGUGAUUCCUAUAUGUCAUCUUGGAAUGGAUCAAGUACUUCCAAACGAACCACCUUAUAUGUUCAAAACACGAAAAAAGGUUACUAUGAAUUAUGGUGAACCUAUAGAUUUUAGUGAGUUGUUGAAGAACUUAAAAGAAACUAAAGCCACAGAAGUAGAGGCCAGAAAAGCCAUCACAGAUCGUAUUCAAGAAGAACUUUUAAGAUUAAAGGCAGCUACCGAAAAACUUCAUGAAAAAUUAUGACAGCCGAUAAAAUUUCGCAGAUAAUUUUUCCCUAGCCUUAAUUAUAUAUAUAUAUAUCGACAAUAGAAACAUGAAAAAAUAUUAAUGAAGAUAUACAUUUUUAAUUUUGCAUAUCACUUUACUAAUAUGAACAAAGUACGAAAUUAGAUAAAUCUACUCGUUUAUAAUA